GAGGGGCUGUUGCAUUAGCUGUCCAGCGUGGGAGGAGGAACAGCUGAGAGCUGAAGGGAAGGGCGUGACUUGAACUGUUCCCAGUUGUUCCUCCCCAGUAUUAGCAGGCACACGUCGUCUCUAGUCUCAGUGGUAGGAGACUGGGUUUGCUACGCUGCCAGCAUGAAGGCUUUGCUAAUCCUGGGGCUUCUCCUCCUGCCCCUGGCCGCUCAUGGGAAGAUCUACGGAAGGUGUGAGCUGGCAAGAGCAAUGAAACGGCUUGGGCUGGACGGAUACUGGGGCUACAGCUUGGGACAUUGGGUGUGCACAGCAAGAUAUGAGAGCAACUUUAACACAGGUGCCACGAACUACAACCCCGGUGACCGAAGCACUGACUAUGGGAUUUUACAAAUCAACAGCCACUGGUGGUGCAAUGAUGGCAAGACUCCAGGAGCCAAGAAUGCAUGUGUAAUCCAGUGUCGUGAUUUACUGACAGAAGACAUUACAGCAAGUGUAAAUUGUGCAAAGAGAGUUGUUCGCGAUCCCAAUGGCAUGGGUGCAUGGGUGGCAUGGAAGAAGUAUUGCAAAGGAACAGAUGUCUCCCAGUGGAUCAGAGGUUGCCAGCUGUAAAGUGUUGGAGUUUAUUUAUCCCAGCUUGGUUCCCUUGCAAAUUAGCAGGGAUUUGCAUAGAGCAAAAUGUUCCCUACACUUGUUUC